AUGGGGCUCGCAGAAGAUUUGGACAAAUUCAUAAGUGCCCUGUGGAUGUGGUUGGCUUUGGCAAUGGCACUGCUGUUCGGCGUUGCCAUAAUCAUUGGUGGGAUCAUUGGUACGGCCCGGGGAGCUUAUUGGCUUGUUGAUUUCGGCCGGGAAUGGUGGAAAGAGUGGAAGAAAAGAAGGAAUACAAACAAGGCGCUAGAAAUGCUGGAUGGCGCUGAGCUAGAAUCCCAAGCAAGUACUCUCUAA